ACACGAAAUUUGACUCCGGUUUCAUGCAGCUCUCUCAAUGCACUUAUAUAGAGAUAGAAAAUAACAAAGGACAACAAAGCUGUCAAAUAAAGGUGAGGAAUAGACAGCUGUUAUGUACACUAGUGAAAAAGUACACAUGUAAACAUGUUCUAGUCGAAACACAAAAUACAAGUAUGAACCUGAAAAUGAGCAUAAUAUGGGACCUUUAAUACAACCCUUAUCACAACUCUUAGUGGUCAUCAUGAUCAUUUUUUUUAUCAUAGUGUUUUUUUUGUUUGUGGUGCCAGUGUGCACAGAGGGGUAACCCAACCCAAGCUCCUCCUCGCCUCUUUCUCCUCCUAUACCAAGUCCUCAGGUAUAGAGAGAUGUUUUAAAUCAAGGGGGGGUGGAGAGGAGGGAGGGUUGAGAGUGGGGCUGUCCGCUUUUGUUCUGCAGAAAAAAGGGGGCUUGUUCUUAGCAGAUCAGCCUGCCAUUUUAACCAGGGGGUGUGUGAGGCUUGACAUGGGAUGGGAGCAGAGAGAGGAGAGGAGAGAAGGAGCGUCCAGCCUGCAGCAGUCCUGACACCACAGCCGAGACGAGCAGCAGCAUCGAGCCACUGAGUCUCCUCUAUAUAUAUUAUAUAUAUACACACUCACUCUCACACACCUGGAUGCUGCAGAGGAUUACAAACCACGAAGGACAGCAACUUGUUUGUAGGAAAAUAGAAGAGGAAAAAACCCUGCAGCGCUUCUUUUUUUUUUUUUCCCAAAAAAAACUUUUACGCACAGCUCUGCUUCUUGCAAGUGCACUUAGACUUUGACUUUAACAGAAACAGGUCUCUCUAUAUCUGAGUGAUCAUUCAUCACUGCUGUUUGAGCUCCGUUAUGGACAUUCAUUUGAUGGGAAAUGUGCAUGAGCAUCUCUGUCAGCAGCACCUCUGACCUUUUUUUGUGGAUGAAAUCUUUUGGACUUGAGUGUUUGAUUUGUGAAAACAUCAGCUGGACUUCACAGCUCUGAAUUUACUGGAAGAGCUUUUUUUUCUCCACCUCCAUCCAACAUGCGAUCCAUCCCAUCCAGACUCAGCUAUCUGUGUCUACACUUAUUUGCGUUUUGCUACUAUGCUCAGGUAACCAAUCAGUCCCCGCCUAAUUUCACGCAGCAUGUAAGCGAGCAGAGCAAAGUGACGGACCGCGUGAGCCGCAGGUUGAUCCGGAUCUACCAGCUGUACAGCCGGACCAGCGGAAAGCAUGUGCAGGUCCUGCCCAGCAAGAAGAUCAACGCCAUGGCCGACGAUGGAGAUGUGCACGCUAAACUCGUUGUGGAGACGGACACAUUUGGGAGCCGAGUGCGGAUCAAGGGAGCUGAGACGGGCUUCUACAUCUGCAUGAACAAGAGGGGGAAGCUCAUCGGCAAGAAAAACGGACAAGGCCGCGACUGCAUCUUCACCGAGAUCGUCCUGGAGAACAACUACACGGCGCUGAGGAACGCCCGCUACGAGAACUGGUACAUGGCCUUCACGCGCCGCGGGCGGCCACGGAAAGGGUCACGGACUCGCCAGCACCAACGCGAGGUCCAUUUCAUGAAGAGGCUGCCGAAGGGGCAGCAGCAACCCCAAUCGAGCCACCACCGCCCAUUCGACUUCAUCCAAUACCCCUUCAGCCAAAGGACUAAACGCACACGCUACUCGUCAGAGCGCUGAGGAGGGGAGAUAGAAAAACACAGAGAGAAACUGACUGAAUUACCAGAACUCUCCUCUGCUCUCCAAAAAAAAAAAAAAAACCUCUAAAGACAUUUUUAUACUGAGCAUUACUAUAUCUUAA